AUUACGCAUUGGUAGUUUACAUUUAUGCGAAACACACGUGGGAAAUGUGGAGUAGUACGUGAACGGUGGAUCAAUGUAAGAAAAAAAGCAAAAAAAGAAGAAGAAGGAUAAUAUUAUUUUAUACUUAAAAUAUAAGAAAGUAAAUCACUGUCUCUUCGAGUAUAAUUUUUAUUUACGUCAAGUUUCUCCGUUUUAUUGAGUUUUGUCCACGUGCUGAACCCUGAUUCUAACCUAAUCUAACCUAAAAAUGGGUAACCGCAAAAAGAAGGGUCGAUGUGUAAAGCGAAAUAAGCAAAUAAACGUUGGAGAAAAGGAGGAGUUAGUGAAAGCGCCUCAUUCCUUUGUAUUCCAUCGUGGAUUGCCAGGAGAACAUAUCGUCGAGCUCACUAAAGAUUUUCGCAAAGUUAUGGAACCUUUUACAGCUUCGUCCUUAAAGGCACGAAAGAAGAACACUAUUAAAGACUUCGUCUCAGUUGCGAGCGUGCUGCAUGUUAGUCACAUGUGCAUAUUUACAAAAACGGAGCUGGGAAUGUACCUCAAGAUCUGCAAAUUGCCUAGAGGACCCACGCUUACUUUCAAGAUACACAGUUUCUCCUUAGCACGAGAUGUUAUAUCUAUGUUGAAGAAGCAGCUGGUAUACGAGGAAGCCUUCAAAACUUCUCCUCUGUUGGUUUUAAAUAAUUUUAGUGGGGAGGGCAUGCAACUAAAACUUAUAGCUUCCACUUUCCAAAACAUGUUUCCAACUAUAAACCUGACCACUGUUAAUUUGAGUACAAUCCGUCGUUGUAUAUGCUUAAAUUACAACGCGACGUCAAAAACCAUUGACUUCAGACAUUACACGAUCAAGGUUGUACCUGUAGGUUUAUCGAGAGGCAUCAAAAAGAUAGUGCAAGCUAAAGUACCGAAUUUAUCCAAGUGUCAAGAUAUUUCCGAGUUUUUAACUAAACCGAUUAUGUCCGAAAGUGAAGCGGAAGAUGACGAAAGUACUCAUGUCACAUUAUCACAAGAAUUGUCUUCAAGAGGGAAUCACGCUAAUUCUAAGAGUGCAAUUAGAUUAUCCGAGCUGGGACCGAGAAUAACGUUACAGUUAAUCAAAGUGGAAAACGGACUCCUCGAUGGUGAAAUACUUUUCCAUGAACUUGUACACAAAACAGAAAAGGAGAAACUUGCGAUAAAGAAGAAGAGAGAAGAGAAAAAGAAAUUGAAGGAGAAAAGAAAGAGACUGCAAGAAGAAAAUAGAAAAAAGAAGGACGCACAGAAGCAAGAACACAAAGAGAAAUCGUUGAAGGGAAUUCUGAAAAAGAAAGAAAACGACAUGCUCCUACAAAAAAUCGCAAAAGAAUCUGCUGAAAAGAACCAAGUAGAAGAAGACGACGAUGCGCAGUAUUAUCGUGAAGAAGUAGGAGAAGAGCCUGAUAAAGAUUUAUUCCAAGCAAAAGUUGGCACAAAGAGGCCACGUAAGCACAUAAUGAGAUAUAAACCGAAGAAAGCAAAACUUGACAAAUCCUAAAGUAAUAUUAAAUAAUUUGUAAACAACAAAAUAUCUCGGAAAUAAAACGUUAUAUUACAGAA